AAUUUGGACAUUAAUAUUUGUCAUCUUCCCUUAAGGUAUAUCAACAUGAAGACCUUUGCUUUUGUCGCCCUGUUGGCCCUGGCUAGCGCCACCGCUUCGCCACAAACUUAUGAUGUGGAAUCGAGGAAUCAGAUAGUGGACGGUUUUCUUGACCUAAUGGAACGCGCCAGCCAAUGGGUGAAAAAUCGUGGAUAUGACCCUUAUACUAUCGACUACGUUGAGGGACAAUAUACGCUACCCAUCGCUGGAUUAAUGACGGCUCGCGGCUCCGUGUCCGACUUGUCCGUAAUUGGUGUUAGCAACAUCGUUGUCCAUGACAUUGGCUUCUCUCUCAUCACCCAAAAGCUGAUCUUUGACGUGGGCAUUCCUGACAUCAGCGCUUCCCUUGGUCUCGCAGAAGGCGAAGUUUCAUUCUUAGGUCGUCCUGCUCACAGUGGUCUCGCAUCCGGAAGGCUCUCCAUCAAGAACUUGCGUAUCACUGGUGAAGUGGCAGUCGACAAUUCUGGUGGUAAUGUUGCCAUCAGUGAUCUUGCUGUGAACGUUCGUCUUGGCGGCAUUGAGUCCGGCAUUCAUCUCAACAUCAUCGGUUACGACGUGUCUACUUACGUCAACAACUUCUUAAGCAAUACGCUUCCUGCCCUCCUUCGAGACAACUCUGAGUACAUCGACCGUUUAGCAGUAAGGGGUAUUUUAUACUUGCUCGAUCGUGUUCUGUAAGAGAGGUCGUGAAGUCAAUAUGCAA